AUGGACACUCCCCCGACACCUGUGUCCAACUCCUCGGGCUCCAUAAGCCCCGAGCCUGCUCUAGAGGACCCUGUCUCGCAGCAGCAGCAGAAGAAGAAGAAAAAGAAGAAGAGCAAGAAACCGAAGGCGAAGGAGACUCCAGCUGCGAACGGAGCAGCGGAGCACAGGGCAGCGGACGAGGGACGUCCGCCCGUGCUCUGCAUCAGCAGGAACAAGCAUUGGCGUUAUAUCAGCUCAUACCACGGACCCUGGCUGCAGCUGCCGCUCGAGCUACUCGAGUCUCUACUCGUGCUCAACCUCGACCCAGCCACUCUAUCAGCAGCAGAGAACCGCCUCCCGCCCCUCCCCUCGCCCACGUUCUCCAUCCCAAACCCCCGCCCGCGCGAUCGCGGCUUCGCCAGCCUCGGCGACCACUCGCCCCCGGACUCCCCCCAGAGCACGUUCGCGUCGCUGCCCCCUCCCCCGCCGUUCCCCCCGCCCAAGCCAGGCAAGGCUACUCCCCCGCCGAUCGACCCAGGCGUCUUCCGCUCCGUGACGAACAUCCGGCGGCUCAUCGACGAGGCGUCCGAGCUGUCUGUGCGCGCGAGCUCCGGGUUGUCCGCCGCCGCCCUUGGCUCGCUCAGGGGCGGCGCGGGCAACAGCCCGUGGACGAGCGCGCACGGGCUCGGUAUCAACCCCCUCGGUGAUAGCGGGGGCGGGCGCAAUGUUGCCAUGUCUGCCAUGCGCAUACACAGAUUGAGGGCGCUCGCGGUGCAGAAGCUCGCAGCGGCGUAUAGGACCGACGAGAUAGCCUCAAGCGUGAUGGUCAUGCAGGGUGGCAGCGUAUUCGAUGAUAUCGCAGAGCGCGUCCUGAGAGUUGAUCCCAAUGACGUUGAUGCACGAUACGUGCACUUCUUCCACGAAAAGAUACCCUCGCGGCAAUUAGCCGAGUCCACAACGACACAUCUUCUGGAUGACCUGAUAGCCGGGCAUCCACAGCGACUAGAAUUCUUCAGGACGCGUGGCAUCGUCCAUUGUUUCCGUGACGAGUACACCCUCGCCAUCAAAGACUUCACCCAUGUUAUCAAGGAGACGCGUGCUGUCCGCAAAGCGAAGAUGGUGCACCGUAACAAUGCGCCGAACGAGAAAUUGCGCGGCAAGGGGCACAAGAAGAAGGGCAAGUCUGGGGGAACCAAGACCAACGGACAAGCUCCCCCCAAUGGCACAAGCGCUGGCGCAGGGUUUGGCGGCUCCCUCACCAUCGAAGGGCCGGACGGGGAUCCACUGCUUCUGCACCCGUCCGUCCUGCCAGACGCGCCGGACCCCAUCGAACCGCAAUGUCUCUUCCUGCGUGCCUCUGCCUACCUCCAGCAUGCAGUCUUCCUCAUUGAAGAGGCGAUCCUCAACCUCGAAGGCAUCCGAAAGGCGCCCACCGUCGACGGUGCGGAGCUGCGCCUCUGCUACCUCGAGAACGGGCGGUACGGCGGCGUCGAGAUUGGGCACCCCGAUGGGCCGCUCGGACGGCGCGAUGGUGCGAAGACGGCCGCGUACAGGGCGGUGCUCGCGAAGGAGGGCCUCCGCGAGCAGAUCACGACGCUCGUCCGGAAGAGCAUGCGCGAUCACGAGAAGUUUCUCUCGCACUUUGACUCACUCGAGGGCGUGCCCGGCCCCGCGAUGGGCGGCGACCUCGCUGCGCGCACGGAGUACGCGUUCCGCAUCGCCGAGUGCCUUCGCCCCGGCAGCCACACGCCGCCCCCGCCCGUGUCGGAGUCGCCCGCGACGUUCACGACGUACCACCCGCUCCUCGUCGAGUCGCACUUCAGCAUUCUCAUCGGCUACCUGUUCCUAGGCGACUUCCCCUCACUCCUCCCCGUGUUCACGCGCACCGCUGCAAUCGUCGACGGGCUCGAGGGCUACCCCGUCUUCCUCCCGCCACGCUCCAUGGCGCAGGCCGAGUUCGUCGAGGUCCUCGAGCGCCUCGCCGGUGGCUGGCGGAACGGCGUCCAACCGCACUCCCUCAGCCGUGCGAACCAGAAGCAGCUCGCGAUCGAGUGCGCGCCGUCCGCGAAGGCGAAGACGGUCGAGCGCGUGCCGACGCCGCCCUCGCCCGAUGCAUCAUCAUCCCUCGGUGUGAAUGGCUCGAGCUCGAGCACGGCGGUGCACAUGCCGCCGUCGCCGUCACCCUCUGGUCGGAACACGCCGUCGAGCGCGACGGAGCGCGAGGACCUGCUUGAGGUGCUCGACGCCGCCCGCAUCCUGCUCGCGCCCGUGGUGAAGCGCCAGAGGGAGCGGGCGGAGAAGGCUGCGGCAGACAAGGCUACGAACGGGAAGACCAAGAACAAGCCGUUGAAUAUUAACAUCCCGCUGCAUGGGCCGAGGGUGGAGAUUGUGCUUGCGUGGCUCGGGGCUGUACAUUUGCCUGACUUGGACGCUGUUGCGUGA